AGGGAGGAACACGCCCACGACAGCGUCUUCAGAAGUCCAACAAAAAGCAGUUGUGAGGCGUCACUAUGAAUCACCUCGGGAACCUGCACUAACUACCAAAAGUUGGGAUUUCACGAGCUGGAAACCGCGAAAAAAUCAUUCCAAAUGAUGGCAGAUCACGGAGACCCCUGUGAUGCGCAGGAAGCGACCUAUUGCAUGAAUGGAGGGACAUGCUACAAAAUACAUGCCAUGAAUACACUCUCCUGUGUGUGCAAUGGAAAUUUCAUAGGCAGCCGAUGUGAGCAGUUCCAGCUCUUCAGCAUUUCCACCAAUGCAGGGAAAGCGGGGUUAAUUGCAGCCGUGGUCAUUGUUGCCAUCCUCAUCUUAGUAUUUCUGGCUGUUGUUAUCUACUACAUACACAAGAGGAUGAAAGCCAAGAAACAGAGCCAACAGAACAAACCGCAACAGUAUUGGAGAGUAAAAUCCAGAGUAUGACCUAUUUUCUGAUGUACAUCUUUUUUCUCUUUUGGCUGAGUGUUGGUUCUGAUAAUGAAAGAAUUCUCAAAGAUGGCUGUCACUUGCCUUGUUGGACUUGGCAUUGUUUUGUACGUGACAAUAGACAGCUGCUCUGACCUCAACUAAGGCAUGGUGAAAAGGAUUAAUCGUCGUCUCAUGAGAUUUCUGGAGUCCAUACUGUUUGCUACAAAAGGUGUAAUUCGUUUACACACACAUACACAC